GUGUCAGUAGAUGUCGCUCAACAACAGACUGGGAGCUGAACCAGCGCUGGAGCAGUGACUAAAAUAAGCUAAUUGUAUUCUGGACUUUGCUUCAUUGAUUUCCCUUGAUCCAGCUGGUACAGUGGCACAGCUUCGAUUAGUGCUCCUCUCUGAACAACUGCCAGUGUAACAGUGUUGUAGAGAAUGUCUGAGAGACAGGGACUGAGGGCAGACUCCACCCACUUCACUUUAGAUGGAGCCCCAUUUCGGAUUCUCGGAGGCUCCAUCCAUUACUUUCGGGUCCCCAGGGCAUACUGGAGAGACCGGCUGCUCAAACUCAAGGCCUGUGGUCUCAAUACUCUCACCACGUAUGUCCCGUGGAAUCUACAUGAACCAGAGAGAGGAGUUUAUCUUUUUCAGGAGGAGCUGGAUCUUGAGGCAUACAUUCGUCUCGCAGGGGAAUUAGGCCUUUGGGUGAUUCUGCGUCCGGGGCCGUACAUAUGUGCCGAGUGGGAUUUGGGUGGGUUACCAAGCUGGCUGCUGCAGGAUAAGAAAAUGAAAUUAAGAACAACCUACUCUGGUUUCACAAGUGCUGUGAACUCGUACUUUGAUAAACUCAUUCCGAGAGUCACACCACUCCAGUAUAAGAAUGGAGGCCCUAUUAUUGCUGUUCAAGUAGAGAAUGAAUAUGGUUCAUAUGCAAAGGAUGAGCAAUACAUGUCAUUCAUCAAAGAGGCGUUACUGUCCCGGGGAAUCUCCGAGCUUCUCCUCACAUCAGACAACCAUGACGGGAUGAACUGUGGAGGGGUAGAUGGAGUCUUGCAGACAGUGAACCUACAGAAACUGACGUUUGGUGAUGUACAGCAUUUAGCAGAAUUGCAGCCACAGAAGCCGCUGAUGGUGAUGGAAUACUGGUCUGGCUGGUUUGAUGUCUGGGGGGAACCUCAUCAUGUUUUCUCUGCGCCAGGUAAAGAAUCUUCCUCAUCAUGCUUCAAA